AUGGUGUCUCGUAUCCUCAUGCCGGUUAUUCUGCUUAUAAUCGAUCCUCUGAAAGCUGCAGAAAUUGCCCCUGUGCAGGGAGACUGUGGUAUCUAUAAUGUUAGUACAAAUGAUAUAGGAAUAAGCCUUAAAUCAGUGUACUCGCGUAUCUGUAAUGUUAGUGCAAAGGAUAUAGAAAUAAGCCUUAAAUCAGUGUACUUGCGUAUAUGUAAUGUUAGUGCAAAGGAUAUAGAAAUAAGCCGUAAAUCAGUGUACUUGCGUAUCUGUAAUGUUAGUGCAAAGGAUAUAGAAAUAAGCCUUAAAUCAGUGUACUUGCGUAUAUGUAAUGUCAGUGCAAAGGAUAUAGAAAUAAGCUUUAAAUCAGUGUACUUGCGUAUCUGUAAUGUUAGUGCAAAGGAUAUAGAAAUAAGCCGUAAAUCAGUGUACUCGCGUAUCUGUAAUGUUAGUGCAAAGGAUAUAGAAAUAAGCCUUAAAUCAGUGUACUUGCGUAUAUGUAAUGUUAGUGCAAAGGAUAUAGAAAUAAGCCGUAAAUCAGUGUACUUGCGUAUCUGUAAUGUUAGUGCAAAGGAUAUAGAAAUAAGCCUUAAAUCAGUGUACUUGCGUAUCUGUAAUGUUAGUGCAAAGGAUAUAGAAAUAAGCCUUAAAUCAGUGUACUUGCGUAUAUGUAAUGUCAGUGCAAAGGAUAUAGAAAUAAGCCUUAAAUCAGUGUACUUGCGUAUCUGUAAUGUUAGUGCAAAUGAUAUAGGAAUAAGCCUUAAAUCAGUGUACUUGCGUAUCUGUAAUGUUAGUGCAAAGGAUAUAGAAAUAAGCCUUAAAUCAGUGUACAUGUGUAUCUGUAAUGUUAGUGCAAGUGAUAUAGAAAUAAGCCGUAAAUCAGUGUACUUGCGUAUCUGUAAUGUUAGUGCAAGUGAUAUAGAAAUAAGCCUUCAAUCAGUGUAUUUGCGUAUCUGUAAUGUUAGUGCAAAGGAUAUAGAAAUAAGCCGUAAAUCAGUGUACUUGCGUAUCUGUAAUGUUAGUGCAAGUGAUAUAGAAAUAAGCCGUAAAUCAGUGUACUUGCGUAUCGUAUUGGCUAACAUUGCUGUGCUUUUCCAUAGUGCCAACAACACACCAAAGCAGGUGGAGGUGCGCAUGCACGACAGCCAGCUGGCAGCAGAGGAGGUUCACCCGCGGUCACCAUGCCUGCGAAUGUGCGACAAAAUCCGAGGGAACCUUCUUCUCUCUCUCACAGUAUUUGGUGUAAUUAUGGGCUCUGUAUGUGGGGCCAUUCUUCGCCUUGCGUCUCCUAUACACCCGGACAUUAUUAUGGUGAUUGCCUUUCCCGGAGACAUUCUCAUGAGGAUGCUGAAAAUGCUCAUUCUUCCGUUAAUUAUCUCCAGUUUAAUCACAGGACUGGCUGGGCUGGACGCAAAAUCGAGUGGGCGACUUGGAACGAGAGCAAUGGUUUAUUAUAUGUCCACCACAAUUAUCGCUGCAGUUUUGGGCGUCAUCCUAGUUCUGGCCAUACACCCCGGAGAUCCCAAACUCAAGCAGAAGCUUGGAAAGGGGCAGGAGAAUGAUGAAGUCUCCAGUCUAGAUGCCUUUUUUGACUUGAUCCGAAACCUCUUCCCUGAGAACUUGGUCCAGGCAUGUUUCCAGCAGAUUCAGACUGUGACCAAGAGAGUUGUAGUUGAAAAUCCUGUUGAAGAACCAUCUAAUAUAACAGAGUCUGUCUUUGCGAUGAUGAAUGAUACGGUUACCACGACCACUGAGGAGAUAAAAAAGAAGCUGGAAUACAAAGACGGCAUGAAUGUCCUAGGCGUCAUUGGAUUCUUCAUUGCAUUUGGCAUUGCCAUGGGGAAGAUGGGUGAACAGGCGAGACUGAUGCUGGAAUUCUUCAACAUCCUGAAUGAGAUUGUGAUGAAGCUGGUUAUAAUGAUCAUGUGGUACUCACCUUUUGGUAUUGCCUGCCUUAUCUGUGGGAAGAUCAUCGCCAUUAAGGACCUGGAACUUGUCGCCAGGCAGCUGGGCAUGUACAUGAUCACCGUCAUCAUUGGUCUCAUUAUUCAUGGAGCUAUUUUCCUGCCAUUAAUUUACUUUGCGGUAACCAGGAAGAGCCCUUUCCCUUUUCUAGCUGGGAUAUUCCAGGCUUGGAUCACAGCUUUGGGUACAGCAUCCAGUGCUGGCACCCUUCCUGUAACCUUCAGAUGCUUGGAGGAGAAUCUAGGUAUUGAUAAAAGGGUAACACGGUUUGUUCUUCCUGUUGGAGCUACAAUCAACAUGGAUGGGACAGCGCUGUAUGAGGCCGUAGCCGCCAUCUUUAUUGCACAGAUGAACGGAAUUGUACUGGACCCUGGGCAAAUAGUCACUGUGAGCUUGACAGCCACCUUGGCUAGCGUAGGAGCAGCCAGCAUCCCCAGCGCAGGGCUGGUCACCAUGCUUCUAAUCCUGACUGCUGUAGGAUUACCAACCCAAGACAUCAGCCUUCUUGUUGCAGUGGAUUGGCUCUUGGAUCGGAUGAGAACAUCUGUGAACGUUGUGGGUGAUUCAUUUGGUGCUGGCAUUGUCUACCAUCUAUCUAAAGCAGAGCUGGACGCUCUAGACAAGCUGCAUGGACAACAUGACAUUGAGAUGACCAAGACUCAGUCAAUUUAUGAAGACAUGAAGAAUCACAGAGAGAAUAACUCCAACCAGUGCAUUUAUGCAGCUCACAAUUCAGUGGCUGCAGAUGACUGCAAGGUACCGUUCACCUUAAUGGAUAUGGAGACUUGUAUAUAG